ACGCAGCGCCGACCGACUCGGUGCCAACGAGGUAGACAGCAGCAGCAGAGGCAACAGAGGGCAAAAGGGGGACGGGGGAGCACCCCUCAAAGAAAGGGGCACGAGGGUCACCACGAGAGGCUCCUACAGCGACUAUGCUCUUCUCAGCUGCAAGGAGGCGCUCAUUGAGGAGGUCAAUGGUGAGUGUGGUGGGGCAGAGAGAGAGGAAGUGAUCCCUGACCGAGCGAAGGGAGAUCAGGGCCGUGACAAGGCGGCAGGGCAGGGGCCGCGGCUCGGCUGCAAGGCAGGGCCUGGACGGCGCCCACGGCUGCGACGAAUGGCGGCGGCAGCUGUCACGGCAGCGGCGGUGGCGGCUGUCUUAGCAGCAGCGGCGGCGGUUGUCACGGCAGGAGCGGCGGCGGCUGUCACGGCAGCAGCGGUGGCUGUCACGGCAGGAGCGGCGGCGGCUGUCACGGCAGCAGCGGCGGAUGUCACGGCAGAAGCGGCGACAGCUAUCACGACAGCAGCGGUGGCGGCGAACGGUCGUGGCGGAAGCGGCAGCGGCAGCAAGGGAGACGGCAGAGGCAGCAGGGGAGGCGGCAGCGGCAGCAGGGGAGACGGCAGCAGCUGCUAG